UUUUUUUUAUACAACCACUAUAUUCCAACUUACAUAUCUACGGUCUAUUGUCAGUUACAAAGAAUCUCCACAGGCCUCAUCUCCAUUAGCGAUCUUUCAGCCUGUUUCCUCGUGAAGGAAGCCCUCUUCUUUGUCAGGCACCACCCUUCGUAUCCCCUCACAUUCCGCAAUCAUGAAACUAGCACGACCCUCGAUUAAUCCUGGGCGGACGAAAAACAUCAUUCAUGGAGUUCAAGGGUUUAUUAUCUUCUUAGCAUGGGCUUGUACCAUUGCCGUGUUCACGAAAGGUGAUGGUAUUGAUGGUCGAUCAGCCUGGUACUGGGCUUUGUGCUGGUUUAGCAUCCCUGGUCUCAUCUAUCUCGUCGCAGUGCCUAUGUGGCCGCGCGCACGCCGUUUCGGAAAUGUCUACGCCUUUGCGACUGUCGACUGCCUGUAUGCCUUACUAUGGUUUACUGCAUGGGUCUGCGUUGCCAGCUAUGUCGCGCAGGGGAAAUCCGAGGGUAAAGACAGCAACCAAGAGGACAAGAACAAGGACAGUGACAAGAAAACUGGAUGCGACAACUGGAAGUACGGCAGUGCCAGCAAAUGCAAAAUCAGCACGGCUACUUGUAUAAUGGGGGUUGUCAUCUUUUUGCUGUUCAUUGUGACCGCAUUUAUGUCCUUCCGUAACGUGAUGCACUUCCGCCGGACCGGAACCCUGCCAGAUGCUGUCUCCGACCCUACUUUCGCUGCGCAGAGCCAGGCCGCCUUCUCGUCGAAUCCCGCCCAUGAUUUCGAGGAAGAGGAUGAUUUCCGGUCCGGCCGAGCUGGCGGAAUGGGCUCUUCCGUCCGUUCCGACCGAGAUGAAGACUAUGCCCUCCUGCACCAGAGCGAGGUAGAUGAGUUCGGAAACCCGAACGGGCGCACCGCGAUGCACGGCGCCUACGACCCCACCGCUUCCAAUGCCGGCGGAAGCGUCCUUCAUGACUACAACACGGUCAACACCGCUACCAGCUAUGGUGGUGCCCAUGGGCAACACUACGCUCCGAACUCGGAAUACGCACCGCCAUCGGAAUGGGGCAUGGGCUCCAGUGUGAGCGGCUACGGACGCUAAUCUAACUCCCCUCUCGAAAACUCUCGACUUUGUACCUCAAAUAACCAUGGAGCGGUGUUGCGGCGCAUACCCGUGCUGUAUUGUGUUUUAUUCUGGAAAGUGUUUUGAUACAGAUGUUCUACAUAUGAUUCUUUCCGUGUCCGGGCGAUGAUUGUAUGCUGUGAUUGAUUAGAAUUGAGACCCGGGCAGGUCGCAUGUUCACUGAUGAUUUUGACGACAUUCUGCUUUGUUGAAGUUCCGAGCCACUCGGGAAACAGCAUGUUUGAUUUAUAAUUUAGCUAGUACUAUAUCACUUGUUAUGAACUAGACUA